CGAGGAAGGAUGUUAUCUCGCCCGCUCCAGGUCAUCACGGGCCUCGUCGAAAGGAGCCUAGUUACGAGUUGAUAUAUUAUUCCGUGAUUGAAUAUCUCUCCGUUAUGUGAUAUGUUGAGUUGGUGAUAAGGAAUCUUAGGCUAAUUAGCGGAUUAUUUGUGGUUAACUGAACAUAAGUUUUGUUAAUAUAAUAGAUGCCGUUCAAUCAUGUAUACUAUUUAGAGAUUAUUUUCGUUAGUGAGAGAUAUGAUAAUGAAUAAUUGUUUACUAUACUAACUUGUGUGAUAAUUAAUUUUUAUGUAAAUUUAUGAAACGUUGUUUAACUAACGAUAAAAGAGAAUAUACGCCGUCUAUUGUACUUGUUACACUUAGUAGAAUUGGAACAGACGAUAUGUUGAAUGAUUUUUAAGGGCUUUUUUCGUCUUGGGUAAAGACGUCUUCGAGAUAGAGAGAGAGACAUCACAGUCGAUAGAUACACUGACCCAAACCAUGAAAUACCAAUCAGCAGUCCCCGGCGUGCAGAUUCGCACGUUGACGUGCCUUUGUACGUUCGUGGUGAAACUGUGGAUCAUAGCAAAGUACGCCGAGUGCGACAGCAUGCCCAGAACGCCCGCGAUAGCCACCAAGUACGGCCAACUCCGCGGUUUCUAUCGCCAAGUGACGAACUCGAACUUUCGUGUGGCCACAUAUCUGGGCGUUCCGUACGCCACCCCUCCGGUAGGUGCUAAUCGCUUCAGCCCGACUCGCGCCCUGUCGCAGUGGGUGGGCGUCCACGAAGCCACCCAUUUCGGACCUUCGUGCCCCCAGAGAUUUCCCGAUCUGUCCAACGAGACAGCCGCCCUUUCGAGGAUGUCGAGGGCGCAGUAUCUUCGCCUUCGGAGGUAUCUGCCUGUGCUGAGGAGGCAAAACGAAGAUUGUCUCUACCUUAAUAUAUACGUUCCUGAUGAAGAUGCUGCCAUGAUGGCUUAUCCCGUGGUCGUCUUUAUUCACGGCGAGUCGUACGAAUGGGGCUCGUCGAGUCUGUACGACGGGUCGGUGUUAGCUGCCCUUGGCAAGGUUAUCGUCGUUACGAUUAAUUACAGGCUGGGAAUUCUCGGCUUUUUCAACGCCAACGUGGACCCAGUGGGGCGAGCGACCGUCGCCAACUACGGACUGAUGGACCAACUAGCGGCCCUCCACUGGGUCCAGGAGAACAUCGUUCGUUUCGGCGGUGACCCUGGUCAGGUCACGGUCAUGGGUCACGGCACCGGAGCUGCCUGCCUCAACUUCCUCGUCAUAUCACCUGCUGCUUCAGGGGCAGGUCUGUUCAAAAGAGCCAUCCUGAUGUCCGGUUCUGCCCUAAGUCCCUGGGCAUCGGUUCGAGAACCCGUCCACUAUGCUAUAGAGACGGCAACGCAGCUCGGAUGUGCAGUGCCCAACGACCUCUACCAUAACUACGAAAAGCUCCUCCACUGCUUACGGGAUAAAUCUGUCGACCAGAUACUAAAGGUCGAUUUGAAAGUGCCGGAGUACGCUGCCGCAGUUGGACCAAGCGUUGAUGGUGUCACGAUCAAACCAGACUGGAUGCAUCAGCACAGUAAGAUGGGAAAAGAAGGUAGGACUCCUGUAGAUCUCCUUCUGGGGAUGACUACAGCUAAUAUCCUCGAACUCUUCAACGAGGACGAAGUGCAACAUGGAUUCAGUAUGGAUUACAGAGAGCGACUUCUGAGGACAUUCGUCAGAAAUAAUUAUCGUUUUCACUUGCAGGAGAUCAUGUUAGCUAUUACGGCCGAGUACACUGACUGGUCGAGAGCUGAACAGCAUCCGUACAACAUCAGAGAUUUAACUGCAGAGGCUCUCCACGAUGCCAACAUCGUCUCUCCCGUGUCAAUGCUCGCCAGCCAACUCUACACGACUUCCAGGACAACUUAUCUCUACGUUUUGGAUCACAUAAGCGAGACUCACCAUUCUGAGCAAAAGAAUCUGGCGUCGACCGUGAACGAGCUGACGUAUGUAUUUGGAGGUCCCCUGGGGGCUUUUGGUAUUGCAGUAUCCAGCACCAACUUCACGAAGAUGGACACCAUCUUGAGUGAAACUAUCAUCUCUUUGUGGACUAACUUCAUGAAGUUUGGUCAUCCCAACGACCUGGCAUCUGCCGAGAUAUACGGGAGUCACAGAGACAAGUCUAGAUACCGAGCACCAGACUGGCCCAGGUUUGAUCCGAAUCACAGGAAAUUUCUUGAAAUAGGAAGUCGUGGUCGAGUCCGUGACCACUACCGAGCGGGAACCGUAGCUCUUUGGUCCUGGCUGGUACCUGGCCUGGAGAGAGUUGGUUCGCGUUAUGGCCCGGAUUCCUCUUUCAACAGACUGUCGAACCACCUCCAGUUGGAUACAUCAGCCUCGACAGGUAAUAACAACAGUUUGAGUAAUCAAGAUUCCCAGAAAAACUCGUCCGUGCCCGCCCCGCCAACACAAGCAUCCUCCCACCCAACAGUUGUAGUGAAGGCGAACAAGAGCCAGGUGACGGCGUCACCGGAAUCUGCUGGAAUGAGGAAGGACUUCCCGUACACUACUGCUCUCAGUGUGACGGUGGCCAUCGCUUGCUCCUUGCUUAUUCUCAACAUGCUAGUCCUCACUACAGUCUAUUACCGUCACGAUGCCAGUCGCCAGAACUUCGCGAAAGGGACCCACGACGCCAGCAGUGACAGCGGAAACGAUGUGCAGCUGCACGCGACUGGUGACCCGAACAAGCCCAUAUAUCAUCCUGCGCAUUAUGGGACGCUACGAUCGUCCGCCACAUUACGCAGCGACCUGGCGACCUCUUUCGAAGGGGAGCCUCAACACGAGUGGCCUCCAGAUUACGACAGCAGCUGCCAGAGUGCAGACGAGGACACGACUGUGGUCCCUGGCAGGAAAAAUUCACACGACAUCAUCAGAGGGACGAUUCCGAAGCCGCCGAACGGACCCACAGAGAGAAGAACGUCAGCAGUGGUGCUGAAGCAGCCGGUGGCUUCUUACACGUCUCCGAUUGAUGGACAACUUUCUCCAGCAAGUUAUUCUCCUGAUAAUACGUCAGACCUGCAGGUCUGAGAGUGAUAGUAAUAACUUUCACGCCAACUAUUUCCUUCUUUAUGGGAAGGAUAAUCAUCCGUGCUCAUUAAUAUAGUGACUGUGUACUGUCAGUAUUACUUAAGUAUAUCUGAUGGCCUGAGUGCUACCAUAAGCUUCCAAAAAAUGGUUCAUUUUAUUUUCCAAAUAGAAAGAAUAGUAUCACCAUCAGCUUCCUGCAAGACUAAAUUAUGAUAUGACCAUUCUUUUUGUGUUUCCUGAUAUUGUCAAAUAAGCCAAUUUUGAGAUGAAUCCUAAGUAAAAUACUGCUUUCGCUGAAGUGCAAUACUUUAUUGCAGAGCUACAACUUAUUUGCAAAGAAAGCUCCUCACUACCUAUCCAUGUAAACAGUUAUCUUUCAGAUGGUGGAAAGAUCAUACUAUUUCUAAUUUUCAGUGAAAAAAUACUUUUAUAAAUAACAAGAGAAAGAUGGCUUCUCACUGAUUAGCCAUAUCCGUACUAGUGCUUUCUUACAGAAAUUGUUGUUAUCGAGAGGUAAACUCCAUGUAUGGAACAUAGUGAUUAAUACCUUGGAGAUAGACACUAACUACAAUGGAAUUUCAUGUUGAUAUCUAGAUGCUUUAAACUCAUCUGUGAAUAUCUGUAUCUGUGAGUGUAUUAUUAACGUGUCUGUGCUUUUGUAAGGAAUGAAUAAAAGAGA